AUGGAUGUGAAUUGUUUUUUCUCUCUUUUUGCUACACUGGUUUGGCUCUUUUGCAUUAGCAACGUUAAUGGCCAAAACAACAACCAUUUCAAAGUGACUGAUUAUGGAGCCAUUGCAGAUGGAAGAACGGACUGUAGUAAGGCUUUCUUGGCCGCAUGGAGGGAUGCUUGUGCGAGCUACGGUGGGGUUAUCGAAGUCCCAAAGAAAACUUUCGUUGUGAGUGGUGCGAGUUUCAAUGGGCCCUGUAACGGCCCAACAUUUUUCAUGAACAAAGGGGUGAUACUAGCUUCUCCAGGGGCCCACUAUAAGGAUUUCUGGAUCUCGUUUUAUGAAGUUAAUGGGCUCACGAUCCGGGGUGGUGGUACCUUUGAUGGAAAUGGGCCAACGGCCUGGCGAUUCCAUAAAUCUCGGCCCACUUCUAUUUACAUCGCCAAAUGCAACAACCUAAACAUUCGAGACAUCGUGUCCCUCAAUAGCAAGAUGUUCCACUUCCACAUAGUCGUGAACUGCACCCUCAUAAACACCACCAACGGGCUACGAAUCAAGACGUGGGCCCCAUCCACCGUGUCGACCACCGUUAGCGACAUCGUGUUUCAGGAUGUUAAGAUCUCGAAUGUCCGAAACCCGAUCAUUAUCGACCAAUACUAUUGCCAGCAGGGUUCUUGCAGCCAUGCAAGAGAAUCGAGUAUCAAGAUCAACGGCGUGAAGUAUAUAAACGUGAAGGGCACUUCGGCAUCCCCGGUUGGGGUGAACUUGCAAUGUAGCAGAUCACGUCCGUGCCAAAACUUGGAGUUUCAGGGUGUUCGGCUCACGCUCGGAGGCGGAAAAUCGACAGCCGCUGUUUGUUCGAGCGCGCACUUCCAAUACAUCGACCCGAGCAAUGUUCCUUCCAAGUGUGUUAGCCCUCAAGCGUAUGAUGGGAUGAUUAGUUGA